AUUAGACUUUUUAUUACACAGUAUUUUUGGUGUUUUUCUGUUCUUCCAUACCUAAAGAAUCGGUCACUAUGUCGGGAGUCAGCAGUGAUCAGUUGCGCAAAUCAACUUUGAGUGUCUACUCGGUAAGUUUAGGAUUUUUUAUUUAUUUUUUGUCCCUUGAGAAAUAACAGCUAAGUAUUGUUUUGUCUUUCUGUUUCAUAACUCUAUUUCUUUGUUCUAGAGCCUGAUGGAGCAUUUCAACCCGGGUCUUCAGAAACUUGUUGCUCUUGGAAACAGCUAUGUUAAAGCCUUUCAAGGUCAGCCAGUUGAUCAGUGCUGGCAUGAAAAAUAUGUGUCUUUGGUUUGGUGAUGCUUUACUCUUAACUUCCAGUGUCAUAAAAACAAAACUUUUGAAAAAAUAUUAGAAAUUCAUGCUACAACAUGGAGUUAAUCAGAUUUUACACAAACUAGUCACAGAAAACUAAGCAAGGAGAAAAUUGUGGAACCUGGCUGGCCUUUGUUCCUAAUAUUAUCCAAUAUCAGACGGCUGCUCAUAGUUAUUAUUAUUAUUAUUUUUUUUUUAUCAGGGCCCAUUCUCUUAUGUUUCAUUGAAAUUAGCUGAUCAGAAUAAAUGUCUGAGCUACAAUUAAUGUAAAAGAGGCUUAAUAUGAAUUAAUUUAGAAAUAUGAAAGACUAAAAUCCAAUUCUGCACAAAAUUUUAGCAUUUUAUUUUUAACAUUUCUCCUAAUAAUAAAAAAAAAACUCAAGAAACAAGUAAAUCGACUGACAUGCAGUGCUUUAUUUUAUGGGUAAUAAUGAGUUUGUUUUGGGGUACAAAAUGGAAGAAGAUUGUGAUAAAAUGAAACCAAAAGACUCGCAGACAAAUUCAACAAAUGGAUUCUCUAUAGAUUACAUCUAACAGACAUAAGAAAAAAAAAGAUUUUAAAAUGUUCAAUCGUAUCUGAUGCAGAAUAUUAACCUUAUUCUGCACCAGAAUUUAUUAGAACAUGCUAGUUUAGAUUUCAUUUCGUGGCCCUCGUUUAUUCUGGAUUGUAAGUGAAACACAGGUGACUGGGAGAGCGGCAUGCAUUGUUAAUGCGCCUCUCUUCCUCCUCUUGAAACAAGAACAGGCCUUCAGUCGCGGCGGAGUGUUGUAAUACAAAACCCUCCGGCACGAGUCUAUUCCUAGACCAGGAGCACGGAUCAGGUGUCAGCACUUCAGGAUGUAUUUUCCUAAUGACCUUAGCCGGUUGCAGCGAGGCCUACUUCAGCGCUCUGGCUAAGAUGGGUGACCAGGCUCUGCACACGCUUUCCUCUCAUUCUCUUGGCGACGUCCUGGUCCAGAUAUCAGAAACACAGCGAAGGCUCACUGCAGAGAUGGAAGGGUUGUUUCAGUGGUUCCAGAUCGAGGUGCUGCAAGCGAUGGAGAAGAACGUCAAACUGGACGGGGAGUACAUGGAAGGCAGCCGCAGAGUGUAUGAGAUGGAGGUGAGAAACCAGGCUGAAGCUCUGGAAAAACAACUUAGAAGAGGAACCUUCAGAGACUCUCUGGAGAACAGUGAAUACAUGGUUUACCUGAGGCAGAGCCACCAGGAGAUCCUGAAGGAGGAGGAACGAAGGUAUCGCUUUCUGGCGGAGAAGCACUGCGGCCUCACUCAGUCCCUGCUGUUUCUCAUAAACAAGACCGGCGGAUCCCUCCAGCAGAAGGCAGAUGGAUGGAAAGAGAAAGUGAACGAGACCAAGGGGUCCAGAUCACGCACUCCAACUCAUGUAGAUCAAGAGGCUCAGCUGCGAGGCUCGGUCAGCUCUCUGCUGCAGACAGUCACCAUGGAUGAGGAUAUGUCCUGGGCCAGGCGGGAGCAGCUGGCACUGGGUAAAGUGCCAUCUAGAGCACCAUCUCCCCUUCCCAGUCGCUCUCGCUCCAGUUCAGUGGGGGAGUCACUGGGUUUGGGAGGAGGAAGGCCCAUGACAGCCCUGGUGUCUCACCCCUCCUCAUCCAACCCCAAGCUUUUGCCUUUUAACAGAGGAGAGACUGUCAUCGUGCUGGUCCAGGAGCCACGAAACGGCUGGCUGUACGGACGCGCAGAAAGCAGCCUGCGUCAGGGCUGGUUUCCUGCUGCAUAUGUGGCUCCAGCUGAAGAUUUCUCCAACACUUUAUCAACCAGCAGUGCUUCUCUCAGAAGUCACAGCAUGAACAGUCUUCUGGACACGGACGCUCACACCGAACAGCCAGAGGUCAAGGGUUACGGCGACAUCCCGCCCCCGGCGACGCCCAGCCGCAGGGCGUCGGUGGACGUCCGGGCGGUUUCUCCGGCGCCCGACAGGCGGACGGAACCAGUGAUGGAGACAAAACUUCCACUUCCGCCUCCACAGCAGAGUUUGAAUCUCAGAAGAAGCUCUGUGGACGUGCGAUCCGUCUCCCCCGGCCCAGACAGGAAGGGGGACGUGACAGCUGAUGUUCAGGGAUUGUCUCCACAUGGGCAGCCUGAUAACCCUUUGUUUCCAAGGGGCACAAACCCGUUCGCCACCGUGAAGCUUCGUCCGACGACGACCAACGACAGAUCCGCUCCUCGGAUCCACUGAGCGGCCGUCACUCGUGCGAGCAGAGGUCUGUUUCUCAAACUCUGACAUCGGGUCAUGAAGGCAGCGUGUGCAUCUUUAAAACAUGAAAGCCCUGAACGCUGAUGGACAGAGAAAUUUCUUUGCAGGGUAUAGAAAAUGCUAAAGCGAUACCUCGUUAUCUGAAUUAUUUAAACCACAAACCGGAGAAGCUGCUUUAGCAAGUCUCCGUGUAGUAAUUAAGAGUUUAUGUUGUUUAGUUUUUGUCUCCUGUAGUACGGAUGUAGAAGGAACAUUUAGACUUACUGUUGUCUAAAUGUACACUUUUUUUCUCAUUAAAUGGGAGAAUAUUGCUUGCUGUUUUAUUAUUCCUUCUGCCUCAUAGUCAGUCAUUCAUACUGCAUCUAAAAUUUGUAUUAGUUUGUUAAAUCACAUACAACCAAAACCAAAUAAAUUGAAUUCCUUGUCUUUUAAAAGUUUUUAGCUGCUUGAUUUUGUGACAGUUACCUUUUCUGAGCACCAACAAGUGAAGACACGGUAUCUCAAAUGUUUUUUUUUAUUAUCAUUUCGUACUGGUGUCUUCUCUCUUCACAGUUCUCCUUACAUACGAUUAUUUUUUUUUCUUUUCUUCAUUUUUUUAACCACAUCAUCUGAUCAGAGUUUGGAAGUGAGGAGGAGGAGGUGGAGGAAGGGACAGAGGAGAGAAGAGGAAGGUCAGGGAGGGGGGAGGAGGAAGAGCAGUGGGAAGAAAAUGAUCUGAUGCACAAACAGCCAGAAAUAAAACCAGCGAAGAAGACAGAAUGCACAAGAAGUUGAGCUUAAAGGA